AUGCUGCAGGAGGAGAAGCCAGCGCCUAUCCAGCCGCCGGAUGAAGACCUGCGCACGUGUAGCCGAGACGCACGUGGUCAACGAAGCAGCCGGAAAGCGGCAGGAGUCCCCGGGGUACCUCCCGUGUUCGUAAGGCAGCUGACACUGAGUGAUUGCUUCAACCCAACAGUGACCGGCAUGCGCUGGCCUGAACGAUUGAGGGAGAUUGCCUUCGGCAAGCAAUUCGACAACAGCCUCAGCGGCGUUCAGUGGCCACGGACGCUGGUGCACGUCCGUUUCGGGUGCUCAUUCGACCAGCCGCUAGUCAGAGUGGAGUUUCCCGACGGCUUAGAGAGCCUGGCCUUCGGGUGCGGCUUCAACCAGCCCCUGGCUGGAGUGAAGCUCCCUCGCGGGCUACGGUCGCUCGGGCUCGGCGAGGCCUUUGACCAGCCGUUGGACGGGGUGGAGUUUCCCGAUGGACUGCAGACACUUGCCCUUGGUGGUGUCUUCGACCAGCCGGUGUGUGGAGUGCAGUGGCCGGUGGGUCUCGAGAGACUGGCGUUGGGCAGAGAGUUCAACCAACCCAUCAGUGAUGUAUCGUGGCCUCAGGGCCUUCGCCAGAUCGCGUUCAGCCAAGAGUUUGACCACCCGAUCGAGUCGGUGGCGUUCCCGUCCUCUGUGCAAUGGUUGGAGUUCGGGGCGAAUUUCAACCAGGAUGUUGGUGGUGUCAAGUGGCCCGCAGAUCUCGAGUACCUCAAGUUCGGCUGCAGGUUCAACAAGACCUUGGAGCACACACGGCUUCCCCGAGGACUAGCUGUCUUGAAGUUCUGCUGCCUGUGGGACCACUCUCUUGCACGGGUAGACUUGCCCGAGUCUUUGCAACUCCUGGGCCUGGGUGAUGGAUUCGAUCAGCCGCUAGACGAGGUUCGCUUUCCUCCUAGCCUCGCCUAUGUUUACCUUGGCGACAGCUUCGACCAGCCGCUGCACGAAGUGAAAUGGCCGGCCAACCUGAAGGCGCUGUACUUGGGAGAUUCGUUCGAUUACCCGCUUGAUAUCAACGAGUGGCCGGAGCCGCUGGAAUCCCUCUUCUUGGGGCAGAGCUUCUCCGAGGACCUAGACUCCAUCGAUGUGCCGGCGAGCUUGACUAUCCACGUUGUGGGCGGCUCGUCCGAAGAAUCGGAGGCCGUCGAAUGGCCUUUUUGA